AUGACUAAUAAUUAUUAUAGUCACGCGCAUUAUUAUGCUCAAUACGUUGAUGGACUUCUUGGCGCAUUUAUCAUCCAUGAUCCUGACGAUCCAUACUUGAACGAUUAUGACGAAGAGUAUACUGUCAUUUUGAACGACUGGCACCACACUGAAUCGUCAGUUUUAGUAGACUGGUACAUGUCUCUGGAUAGUGAUGGUGAUGAGCCAAUGCCAGACAUUGGUUUAAUAAAUGGGAAAAACAAAUACAACUGCUCCCUGGUCUCCGAAGGUUCACAAUGUGUUGAUGUUGAACUUGAAAAAUUCACGUUUGUAUACGGAAAACGUUAUCGCCUUCGCAUUAUCAAUGCUAGCGCAUUCGCAGCAUUUUUCUUUUCCAUUGACAACCACUAUCUUGAUGUCAUUGAAGUCGAAGGAACUUACGUCGAAAGAUACACUGUCACGUGCAUACCAAUAAAUGCCGGACAAAGGUAUUCGGUGAUAGUCACAGCUGAUCAAGAAAUUUCUAAUUAUUGGAUGAGAUCAGCGUUCCAUAUGGGAUUCUAUUCUUCAAGGCCCUCUACUCUUGAGGUAUACAAUAAAGCCAUUAUUCAUUACGAAGGAGCGGAUGGUGUCGACCCGGAAACGGGAUCAUGGGAUGAUUCCACAAUGUUAGAUUGGUGGGAUUUAGAUCAAUUGGUAGAUCUUAAACCCUACUAUUUCGAACCGUUGCCAGAAAAUACACACACGCUUGUUUUGGCAUUAGCUUGCACCGAUGAUGACAAUGAAGUCAGCAUGGCUUUAGUUAAUGGAUCUUCUUUUACACCGGAUUAUAAUGCAUCCACCUUGGACAGGGUUUACAAUAGAAUUCAAGAAUAUGAUAGUAGACAAAAUAUUUAUAGCUUCAUUUAUUAUGGCCAAGUUGUGGAUGUUAUUAUAAUUAAUUAUGACGGAGGAGAACACCCUUUCCACAUGCAUUCUCACAAAUUCUGGGUCAUAGGCUCUGAGCGUUUUUUUACAGAUUAUGGUAUAUCACCGGAAAAUUUGAAUUUUGUUGAUCCGAUUCAACGUGAUACUGUGACCGUUCCCGAAGCCGGAUGGGCGAUAAUUCGAUUUAUUGUUGACAGUCCUGGCGUUUGGGCUUUCCAUUGUCAUAUCGAGUGGCACGUCGAAGCAGGGUUAGUAGCCCAAUUCGUUGAAUUACCUGACAUGAUCGCACAAAUGAAUCCACCUGAAGAAUGGAAAAAUCUAUGUAAAAAUCAAACCACCACGAUAACAAACCAAGAUACUUCUUUUUCUCUGA